AUGGGAUUGUCAAAUAGUUGUCUACCAAUAAAACGUAAUAAUGCAGUAUCAAAAUCAAAGUCAGAACAACAUCAUGAAAUAGUUUCAAAUAAUGCAAUUAAAAUAAAUGAAGCAUCAGAAGAUGUAUUAUUAUUAUUACCUGGUAUUACUAGACAAUUAGCACAUAAUAUAAUUCAAUAUCGACACGUAAAUGAUGGUUUUAAACAAUUAAAUGAAGUUUUAGAAGUUGAUGGUAUAACUUCGAAGGUAUUUAAACUUAUACAUAAUGAUAUAACUAUUGAUACAUUAACUCCAUCUUCGUCAAAUAAGAAAAAAGAAACGAUAAAUCUUAAUUCAGCAUCAUAUAAUGAAUUACGUACAGUACCUGGUUUAACAGGAAAUCUUGUUAAACGUAUAAUUAAACGUCGUGAUCGAAAAGGAUCAUUUCGUUUUAUUGAAGAUUUACUUAAAAUUAAAGGUAUUAAUUAUGUUAUUUUAGCAGCUGCUCGUCCUUAUCUUACUAUUGAUCGUCAGCAAAUGACAACUUCUAUGAGUGAUUCAUCAGUAAAUAAUCUUUAUCCAACAUUAACACGAAAUAAUCAUAAGACUGAUACAUUUUCAGUUGCUUCACUUCUAUUAGAAACAUUACCAACUGAAUUACAAACAAUACUUAUUUCAUCACCUCCUCGACAUCCAUCUUCUUUUCAUGAUAAUAAUAAUAACAAUAUGAAUCCAAAUAUUUUUCGUUUUGCUUCAUGGAAUUUACAACAAUUAACCAAUGAUAAAGUACAAAAUCCUGGCGUUCGAGAAGUUAUUUGUCGAGUUAUACUUGCAAAUAAUUUUUCGUUAAUUGGUAUUCAAGAAAUUGGCAAUAAAGAAGCUCUUGAUUUAAUUAUCAAAGAAUUAAAUAGUCCAACUAUUCCAUUACUUAAAGAUUGGCCAAAUCGUAAUCGUGGAAAUUGGAAAUAUACUAUGAGCGAUGUAGCAGGACAAAUGUUUCAAGGAUCAGAAUAUCUUGGAUUUCUAUAUAAUGAAUCAGUUGGUAUUGAAUUAAAACAAGCUUCAUUAUUAUCAUCAAAAACAUAUUUUACUUGUUCACCAUAUAUAACUAUAUUUCGUAUCUAUAAUAAAUAUGAAUUAGUUUUUGUUAAUAUUCAUUUGGAAAGAAGAAGAUUAGAUGACAAUGAAAUUAAAGCAUUAUCAGUUUUAAUUCAAGCUAUGAAAAAUACGAUUAAACAAAAACAUAUCAUUAUUUUUGGUGAUUUUAAUAAUGUACCAACAGCUCCAGAAUUUCAAGCUUUGGUAGCAUGUAAUUAUUCGUAUACUAUACAAGAAAAUAAAGAUGUUAGUCCAAAAACAACACAAGGAUCAACAUGUGUACAUAAUAUUUGGUUGUCGGAAGAAGCAAAAGCAUUGAGUACAGGAAAUUCAGGAGUUAUACGUGAUAAUCUUACGAGUUUGUGGAUUCCUUCUGGUUGGACAUGGGGUGGUUUAGUAAGUGAUCAUUGUCCAAUUUGGACUGAAUUUGACUUAUCUUAA